GAGAGAACCACAAAGGCAGGAAGAGUCAUUUUAUUUCUAGUAAAGAUUUUCAACCAGGAAGAUGAAGCCAGAAAAUCUUAUUUUGAAAAAUGCUUUGUGAAAUCCCUAGUGACAUAAUCAGAAGAAUAAAGUGGAGGCUUUAGAAUGUCAGGCAGGAAUUUUACCGACUGGAGAUGAAGAAUUACUUGUUUACAAUAUGGAUCAGAGCUGCCUUCAUUGGGAAGAAAAACAAAAUAGUUCAAAGAAAAAAACAAACGUACCUUGAAAACAUAUCAAACCUACCAAACUAAGGAUUCUUUUGAAAAUAUUCGGCAGGAUACAGAAAAAUCCCAACUGUGGCAGAAUGCUAUUCAUGUCUUCUGUGAGAAUCUGUGGAAUAAGCGUAAAGCAACUUGCCUUGAGAAAUCUGACUCCUCCACUAAAAGGAAUCUUUAGCGUGAUUCAAUAUUGCAUUUAAAGAACGCUUUGUGGGAACACAGGAGAUCUUCAUUGUGAACUGAACCGUUCCUCUAUCUCUUUGCUUCUUUUGGAUUUACUUUUCUGUUAGAAGGUUACUUUUAAUGGUUGAAGAAAACCUGAAGGAAAGACUGUUACCGUCUGAACAUACGCACAGGUGUUUCAACUACUUGUGUCCCACAGAGAUCAGGAAAACUCCCAAAGGAAAAGCAGCAUCCAGGAACUGCUCUUAUUGGCUGCAGUGAGCUUUUCUUUCUUUUUCUUUCUCCUUUUCCUUUUUUUGUUCCUUCAGUGACACUCCCUUCCUAGUCCCUUCAGGUGACUGCUGUGAGCAAGUCACAUAGGGCUAAGCUGAACUGAGCUAAUUCUUUGUCCUGUUGCUAGUCACUGCUAACAGAGUUUGCUGACAACAUGAUGGAAGAAAUUUCCAUUGUGAUGGCCUACGACUCUCAUGUCUUUAGCCAGCUGUACGAUGAAGAUUUUCUAGCCAGCCUGGUGGCAAUCAGCAAACCUAGAUAUGUGGUGCCUACAAAGAAGCUGAAGAAAUAUGAGAGAGAAUAUCAAAUGAUGCGGGAGAAUCAGCUACAGCAGGAAGACCCAUUGGAUCGAUACAAGAGGGAGAACCGCAGGCUUCAGGAAGCCAGCAUGCGACUUGAGCAAGAGAAUGAUGACCUUGCUCAUGAACUUGUAACAAGCAAAAUUGCUCUACGAAAUGACUUGGACCAGGCUGAAGACAAAGCAGAUGUUUUGAAUAAGGAACUACUCCUGACCAAACAAAAACUAGUAGAAACUGAAGAGGAGAAGCGAAAGCAGGAAGAAGAAACAGCCCAGCUGAAGGAGAUCUUCAGAAAGCAGUUGGAGAAGGCAGAAUCUGAAAUAAAGAAGACAAGUGCAAUUAUUGCAGAAUACAAACAAAUUUGUUCCCAGUUGAGUAGCAGACUAGAAAAACAACAAGUAGCCAGUAAAGAAGAACUUGAAGUUGUAAAGGGUAAGGUGAUGACUUGCAAACAUUGUAGUGAAAUUUUCAGUAAAGAAGGAACACUAAAAGUGCCUGCUGCUAAAGAAAGCUCAGGAGAAGACACAGAUGAUGAGAAAGAUGCCCUUAAGAAACAGCUGCGAGAGAUGGAACUGGACUUGGCACAGACUAAACUACAACUUGUGGAAGCCAAAUGCAAAAUACAGGAGCUGGAACACCAGAGAGGAGCACUUAUGAGUGAAAUUCAAACUGCCAAAAACUCUUGGUUCAGCAAAACUUUGAACUCUAUCAAAACAGCAACAGGCACACAGCCUCUACAGCAGCCUCAACUCUCAUCGUCACCCAAAGAAGGCAGCACAUAGUUCCAGCUGCACCCCAUGCAAAAGAGCACAAUGGACUAAUCAGCUGAAGCCCCUUGAAGGUUCUUCCAGAGAACUUGUUCAAAGGGGGAGGCAGGGGAACCAGCCUGGAAACGAAUUCCUUCCGUGUCUUUCAUUUGUUCUAAUGUGGCCCUUUCACAGGGAAGUUCUAUUAAGAUUCUGUUUCAUGUGGAAUACUCUUUCCCAGCUGCCUUGAUGGAAGCCCCAUCUCAAUUCCUUCAUAUUUCACAUGUCAUUUUGUAUGCCUAGAUGUUAAAACAUGGAUAAUAAUUUAGAACUACUUGUUCCAUACAUUACUAAAAUUAUUCAUAUUUUUUAAUCUUUCAAAAGAAUGCUUUCUUAUUGGGAGAAGAGGGAAAGAGAGCAAGGUAGAGUAAUUUGUCACACAGAAUGUCACACGGUUUGCUGGUAUCUCAGAACAGCUCAGAGGUUUACAGUUGUCACUGCUCCUGGAAAAAAAAUACAGCUGUUUUAAGGUUUGAAUCUCAGGCCACAUUAACAAUAUAAGUGGACAACAGAAAUUCUAAAAAAAGAGAAAAGUUACUAAAUAGGAACAUGCAGUAAAACCAUGUUUCUUUUCAUACAUUGCCUUUAAGAUUUCCAUAACUUACUUAUAUAUUGCCACUCAGAAAAAUCUUCUCUCCCUACUCCAAUACUCUUUCCUUUUGUCAGUCUGCAGACUAUGGGCAUAAUCUAGCAAAAGUAUUUAUGAGCAGUGACCUUUGAAAUGAACAAAAUAAAGUAGGUGAAUUUUAAUGGGGGAUGGUGCUCUUGCACUAUUUCCAUAUUAAUAGGAUUUGUACAGGAGACAGAAGGUAUUCCUGAUAAAACAUGUCCAAAAUGCAUAAAGAGAAGCUCAUUUACGAUUGGUAGGGCAAAUUUUUCAAAUGAUUCCUGUGUCUCUCUGGAAAUCAUACUUGUUUUGUAUCUUUCUAAAGUGCAAAAAAGCAUUUGUUACAUUUUUGAAUUGAACAUAAAAUGUUUAUAGAACUGCUUAUUUCAUGGAGAAUUAAACUAUUGCUUAAAUUGAUGGAUUUUUUUAAAUUAUAUGUAAUGUGCAUAAUAAUAUCUUGCAGGUCAACAUCAUCACUGAAUGAAAAUUAGUUGUGUAUUUGGUUUUCAUGCUAUGAAAAAUGUUCCAAGGCCAUUAUUCUAUUCAUUUUAAUCCAAAUUAAUGCAAUAGACUUUUAGUCAGUUCUGUACAAUAAAGUUUAAUUAUGCUGG